UUUUUUUUUUAUAUCGGUAUUUUAUUGCUAGCGAAUUAAUUGCGCGCACAACUCUCUCUCCAAAAGCAAUAACCGUUGCUUUCCUUCCUCUCUUUACAGACGUCCGAAGUAAUUCAGGCGACACCGAUUUGGACUAAUUUUAGAUAAUUGAUCAAGAUCCUUGAAGAAAAUGUCUGCGGUCGGACGUCCUUGAAAUUUGUUCUGCAUAAUUCGGGGACCGCUCCUUCGAUGCCUUUGUUUCGAAUUGUCUCACCACGUGUGUUAUCUCGAAAAAGAGGUUAAUGCGAAGUCAGAUUGAGAUGACUAUUGCGAAGGAUCAUGCCGGUCUGGUUCGGUGUCGCUCUGAUCACUGAAUGUGUUUUUCACAUCAGCGAUAUAGAGAGUAACACCAGUAAUAACGAUAGCCGGUGGCGAUAGCGAUGGUGAUAGGCAUGACAGCAACCGGCCGUGGUGGAGGUGACGGUGGCGAUGGUGGUGAUCGCCGUGGUGGUGGCGGUUCUACAUUCGGGCGAAAGGGAAAAUGCCUGGUCGAAUGGCUUUUUUUUCUCCCCCGUUGGCGAGCGGGAUUUUUGACACGGCCUGCCGUUCGAUCGACUUGCAUUUGUCUCGUAGCAUUCUACCGAUCCUCGUCCUCGUCCUGCGCAGCGAGAAACGCGCGAAAAAUCGGCGCGUCCGAAGAUGCGUCACGUGCCAUCGUCCUACCUGAUUGGAUCAAGCUCGAUUCGCGCUGAUUCUUAAAAUUCUGUGAUCGUGACAACUAUUCUCGGUUGUUACCGCCUAGUUCCGCGACGCUUUCUUGUACGACGAAAUUUCGACAAAAAACACCUGGUGACCGUCUCCUCGCUUCGAAAACGCCGCGAUUCGUUUUAUUUAUUACGACCCGCCAAGUUUCUCCGCUUAAUCCGUUAUCGGAGAAAGUAUUACGGAUUGCCAGGGCGAAUUGUGCUGUGGUGACUUGAAAUGAGACAUAGGAUUAGACAAGAUCGACGCUAGCUGCAAGAAUGGCGAGGACGUUUUCCUUGAGCUUGGUAGUGGCGUUGCUGCUAGUCUUCGUCGUUAUCGAGGCCUCUCGUGGACAGACUAAUCAGGAAAAUGGACAGAAAAUACAGAGUCGCGGCACCACGCGAUACAAUUCCAAACCGACGACGACAGAACCGAGCGUUUCCACGUCAACGAUCAAAUCGCAACGCGACAAGAGUUCGUCCCGCUCGGAAGCGGCUUCCAACUUGAGAAAACACAACGAGACGCAUCUCGCGAGAGAAAGUCCGAGCAGAUCGUCCAAUGCGAGGUCGUUAAAAACUAUCGACCCGGUCGCUACGUCACGCACUAAUUCGAGACACGUGAAUCCCGGCGAUACCUCGCGAAAUCGUUCGAGAUCGCACGUGAUACCCGUCAAAGAAGAGGUGACGAAGAACAGGCAGAGCGACAACCAGGAAAACGUGUCCGAAACGCAAACGCCGAGACGACAGACGGCCUCAAAACGAAUAUCCUCGGACGCGUCUCUCGUUUGGGUGGAUGACGCGAAGCUCGAACACGAGGUGUUCACGAAAUCGCCCGGACAGUUCAGAUCGAGAACGGGAAGGAAGAUUUACAACGAGAAAGAAACGAGACGGACAGUUCCGUCGACAACAACUGAAAGCGUGGAUAAAGUCGGAAGACCGAGCGGCAGAUCGGAAAGCGAACAAACGCGACCGGAAAAUUUACAAACGAUCGAGAACGUUGGUUCUGCAAACGCAUCGAGAAAAAAAGAUGUAACCGCGGAUGUUACUCAGGAUAAAAUAAAAGAUCGCGAUGUUUUGCUGUCGGGCUCCGAAAGCGUCAGAGUGGACAUUCCUCUGGCAGUCAGAAACGACGAAGACGCCAAUCUUCUGACUACGAUCUCGUCACCGAGACAAACCGCGAGACCGAUCAAGGAGAAGAACAGCAACGAUAUCGCGAGAUCGAAGAAGACCAGACAAUCCGACCGGUCGAAAUCCCGUGGUAGAUCGCCGAAUGAGUCCAAUACCGAAACAGCAAAUUCCACAGGAAAUUCUCGACGAGGUUCGUCCAAGUUCGACGGCACUGCGGAAACGAACGAACGAUCUUCCAAUACGAGACACAGAUCGAAGAACGCCGGUUCUAGAAGUCGUUCCAAAUCGAGAGAUACAAAUGCGACCGAAGGAAGAAGUAGAGGCAGAACUGUCGAUUCCGAGACCAAUGGACGAACGGAGACGCGACGUGUCGGUUCGUCCACUGACAGACGCGCCGGAAGCGAAGGAAAGCGAAGAACGAAGGACGGCAGAUUGAAAGUCGCGGAAACUAAAGUGGAGCAAGAUGCUCGAACGCAGUCCAGAAGUCGGUCGCGUUCUGCUUCCAGCAAUCUCGACGUCGUGACUACCGCUUUCAUUCCGAAAGUGACGAUCGCCGAAACCACGACCGUACCCACCCUGGAGACGGAGAUUACAACAGCCGCUUCCGUCUACACGACGACAAGAUCGUCGACAGUCGCGCGAACAUCAACUUCAACCGAACGAGCUUUUCGAAACAAGGGAAGAGGAGAAAGUUCUUCUUCCCGAUCGAAGAAGCAAUCGAAGGAGGACUUCUUUAAUCACGGUCUAGGCUUUCGCGGCCGAAAGAUUGGCUUGACAGAGGGAACGUCUUCGAGCGUUGCGGAUUUAAAGGCCACCACGCCGAAAAGCGAGACGCAAUUACGCGGCAAUCCCGGGUGGACUCUCAGACGCCGACCCAGUCACGUUGGUCACGAUGCUCCUCCGACCACUACCUUUACGUCAGUUAAUCGGGACCAGACCAACGAGAUAAUCUCGCCGACCGAAUCAUCGAGUGGCACCGAAACGCCGUCGUUGAAUAACGCAAAAUCUGGAAGAAGAGGCACGAAGAAGCCAAAAGCGAAAGACGAGAGCGACACCGUAUCACCGAGCGUCACGACGAAGAGCGUGACAAGAGGAAGCAAAACUUUCAGCAAAUCCGAAGACGCCGUUCUGCCGAAGAAGAUAGAAAUCGAGAGCGACAAUUAUCCUCCCGCGUUUCGGGCCAGACUAAAUCAAUUGAAAAAUUCUAACACAAAAUCCAUCGGGGUUCAGACCACAACCAGAAGCAGCGUCCAGGAACAUCUAAAGGAACGUACGUUACGUCGGCAUGCGCGGUCCAGCACGAUGCAUGUAUCCGAAAAACUCGAAACCGUGGGAAAUGCGUUUGCGACAGACGUAGUCCUAGACGCCAACCCUACGAAUUCCCUAACUUCGUUCCCCGGUCAAGACACGCGACACGCGACGAAAUCAAACCCAGCGACUCUGUUCUCCGAACGGUCCAAGAUGAAACUGGACUUAGCUAGGAGAUUAAUCAAACCCGAACUGAACUUUGACGAGAACGACUUCGACGUGACGACGGUCGCUUAUUCCGGCAAACCGAGAGAGAUUUCGGCGGUCAGCGAGAGCAGGAACGUAGAAAAGACCACGAGACCGAGCAACCAGUUCAGCGCCAACGCGAGUUUGAUCAGUGAAAACGCGCAGAAAGAAAAAUCGGUCGUGGGAAACAGAUGGAAGACGCUGGUGACCAGAAAACUAUCGCCGAAGGAUCGAAAUAACGAGGGUUUGCUCAGACUGCUUGCGAACACGAAGAAUCGAUCGACUUCCGAAAGAACAGUUACGUCUGCGGAAGGAAAAAGUUCCACCGAAUCUAACGUUGUAACGCGUGGAAUUUCGCAUCGCAGCACCAUGUCCAGAACAGAAACAACCGCCACGACCAUCGGUACGACGAGAGUUCGACCCGCGACAUCGCAAACCGUAGCAGCAUCGAGGGAGGAAAUCUCGACGUUGGCAAAUACAGAACCUGAAGACGCGAACGACAUCAUCACAACCGUCGAACCGCUUAAAUUGAACAAAAUAUCUGCCGAAGUAACUGAAUUCAAUAAACAAGAGCACAAUGUUAACGAAGCACAGAAGAAGAAAAUUGCUACCACCGCAACAUCAGACGUCACACCAAUUGCAGAGACGUUGAAAGUGCAAACCAUCACGGAGUUUCCUCAGGAAAUCACGCUGCCAGCGACCAUCACCACUCCAAGCAGCGCGUAUUCUUCAUCCGCGUCGUCGGAAAAGGUGUAUCCCGUUUAUCCCGUUUACAUCCCCACGAAGAAACGCUCGUCGGAAGAGAAAAUCGAAUUUGAAAGCGAGACAACCAAGAACAAUUUUCGACCACGUUACACGAAGCAACAGCAAUCAGAGAAGGUAGCGGUGUCUAUGGUGACGUCGAGAACCGUCGGUCCUACCAGCAGGUACAUCAGGAAGAAGGCGGGAGUCUUCACGCCGUACGACGCCGUGCCGAAGCCGCUCAGCACGGAACCGCCGCUGACGAAGCGACGUGACUUCCGUCCAAGAACCGCGACCUACAGACGACACUCAGAGGUGCCGACCAGCCAGCUCGUAGUUCAGAACUCGACGACGGUGGAAACCACCAGUGUUACUAUCACGCCGAAACCGACCAAGUUCAGCGACCAACUCGUCACCCCGAGCACUCGCUCGUCGCCGUCCGAGCCGCUCGUCAGCGUGAGAAUUGACACUUCGAACGACACCACGUCGCAGGUGUCCGGCAUCACCGAGAGCAGCAACGGCAACAGUGGCAAUUCCAAUAUCUUCACUCCCGCCAGGGUCAAUGCAGGAAACGCCACGCUGUUGGAACAACUACGGAGCACCGUGGCACCGCUCUUGAACAAUCUGGGCAACAAGACUCCCGUCUUUUCCGGAGCCUACUCCAACGUGGACACCGGGAAUUCGGCACCUAGAGUAACGCCUAACGGUUCCCCGCCGAGAUUCAGCGCGAGAUACAAGGGUGCGGAAUUGUUCGUGAGAAAACCGUCCGUUGGUCAACAAGCUUUGGUACCGUCGCUCACGACGUCGUCGACCACAGCCUCGACGCCGCUAGAGAAUUCCGGCUCGGCGCCGCCCGUCGCCAUCAGCAGCCCCGGCGAGCCCCGAUUCGUCACUUAUUAUCAGGCAUUAGAGUCAGCUAGCAUAAGAAACGAGAAUCUAGGCGCUGAUGACGUUUCGCAGCGGCAACAAACACUAACCGCCGGGGUAACGAAGGUAGACUCUAACGCUACUGUACCUAACGGCGCCAGUAACGAUAUUGCUAACAACAAUGACACAGCAUCAAUCACCGCUACUACAUCCACCCCAGAUACUACCACUAUAGACACUACCACCGCCGCCGCCGCCGCACAGUCGGCGGAUGUUUCGCUCGAUACGAGAUUAGAUACAGAGAAUUCCCCCGGAAACGGUACCCCGGAAACCGUCUCGACGACGGUCGAAACCCCCGCGAAUCCAAGCGGGGAAACGACUUCGUCGAGCGUUAACGUCGAAACCACACCGAUCCCUAACACGGAACCACCCGGACUCCCGUCUAACGACACGAUUAACGCGGAUAUCUCAAGUACCCCGGAACCGGUCACCACAACCGAAACAAUUACGACCGAGGCGUCAACAACUUCGGAUUCUUUGUUCUCUACCGAAUCUAACUCGGAAGACAGUCGAUCUGAUGUGAGCACCACGGAAGCAACAUUGUCAGUUACCACCACAAACGCAAAUGUCACCUUGCCUGCUUCUCAGAAUUUAAUUUUAUCGAAUUUAUCAGACACAACCGCUUCUCCGAUCACCGAGAGCGUCACUGUAACGCAAGUACCCGAAACAACAAUGACAAAUAUUGUGUCAGAGAACAUAGAGACGAAUACUAUAGAACAGUCUGAUCAGACGACGCCUCAAGGAGAUAUCGAGGCGAAUAUCACGCAGCAGAUCGACACGACGACGCCUCAAGCGACAGAAAUGAGCGACGUAGUUCCGUCUCAAACAACAACGGAAACCACGAGUACCACCGAGCUGAUGACGACGACGGAAGACAUUUCGAACGAUAUAAUUCAAUUCCAGGCGACGCAAAUACCCUUUAUAACGACCACAUAUCGCACGCGAUUGAUCGAUUUCGCGCAAGAUAUUCUGUCGCGUUUGCAAGACAAGGUCUCCACGGUUGGGACUACCAGUCGGGAACCUGCUACUACGACUACCGGUCCUGAAUUGGUCAACACGAUACCAGAUUCAUCGUCGACGAAUACUGGAGGUCAAACCGAAGCAACGACGUUGUCGCAGCUAAACGCACAAACAACGACGACCAUUAGCACAACGAAUGGACCGGCGCAAGAAACAACCACACAGAAUACAGUAGGUCGAUCUGAUGCGUCAAGUCAAGACGCAUCGAAUACAUCCGAUUCGACAACGACGACUCAGAAUCCGGGAGAUUCGUCAACGGAGGCUAUGACUGUCACGUUGAUGCCUAUAUCGCGACUCGCAGAAAUCGAAAACGAAUCCCGAUCUAACGAUACGUUGCUCUCCGAGCUAAUGACCAUCGCGAAGACCCUCUUCUCCGAAGCGAUGAACGAUACGCGAGAAACGUCACUCGUGUCGAGUCAGGUUUCCGAUAUCGAAACGACUACCGUUGCAGAGGUAAAUAAUUCGAGUCAAGCUGAUCAAAUUCUGUCCUCGAACGAUACGACGGAAGCGGUCACAGCAUCCUCCGAAUUUUCAACCCCUCUACAGAACACAUCCGAACGUGUCACAACUACUGGUGUAGGAUCGGACAUUCCGUUCGUAGAAUUUAACGCCACCGAAGGUCUAAUCGACGAUGUCGCUACGAUGUCCCAAGCGCCCCCCCUUUCUCAGAUAACGAUCGAAACACCGAACACGAGAACACCGGUUACGACCAGCAUGAAUCCCGAAUUAACUACUAAUACACCCGACUCACAAUUUUUUAGUACAUUUCAGUCACCCGAUACCGAUCAGCAAACAACUUCGAGCGCUGAUUUCUCGCAACAAGACCAAACUACCCCGAGUAAUCCCUUUCUAGAUUCUACCACCACCAGUACAGAAAGAAUAAUGUCCGAUACAAGUGAAUCCACGACGUCGGAUGUGGAAAUGGUGACAGAAUUAACUACUAGCGCAGUUGUCACGGAAACAAACGUUGUGCAAACAACGAACGUCGCAGAUAUUACUAAUUCAUCCGUAGAACCCACCACCGUAGAGUCUGCGUCUGACCUGCAGACGACGAACGAUCAAUUUCCCGUAACAAGUACAUCGAGUACCGCUGCGAUGUCCACCACGGUAUUCAAUGAUAACACAACCGAUUUACCCGAUACGAGCGGUACUCAGCCACUUAGUACAGAGCCCACCGCCACGGAAUCGACCCGUGAUUUAAUAAACAUCACUACUAAUCAAUUCAGUGACAUAACAACAAACGCUCCUCAAACGCUAACCGAUCUCGUAAGCGAGAUGCCAAAUCUUAUUACCCGUUUCCAGGAUACUACGGCAACAACCGCCCAAGGGACGGCUGGUUCAGGAAUCACCCCAACAGAACAAACGACUGCAACUAUCAUCACCACCAGCAACAUCAUUCCUACUACCACAGUAUCCUCAACCGCAUCAACCGAUUCCUCAACAUCCUCUGAGUCCUCCACCACGAUAACCACCGCAUCUCCAUCGGUUGAGCCGACGAUAGCGACCACCACGACGACGACGGAGACUCCGACGACGACGACGACCGCGACGACGACAACCGCGACUGUCGAGACCACUUCACUGCAAGCCGACUCCACCACUACUGUCAGACCCACAACCGAAACGACCGCUCCAACUACUACUGUCGACAUAAACGAAAACCUUGUCACCGAAACGACAACCGACGCUACAACCACGCAAGGAACGACAGUCGCUCCAACCGAAUCGGAGGACCUAAACGAGAUCUCAAGAACGGGCGCUGAAGGAGAAACAACAACGACAACAACAACAACGAGUACCGCAUCAUCUACAAACACGUCAACCACGACGACAACCACCGUGCCAACCACUACGUUGAAUCAAGUAACGGCACGUCCAGUUGUUACUCCAGUUGUCACUUCGAAUACAAGGCCUUACUUGGGCCGGUUCGGUGGCAGUCAGAUGACACCGGCUCCGAGAUUCAGUUCCUCCAGUAAAGCGCCCAUCCGCGACUACCUGAUUUACGGUAUUUAUCCCAACAAGACGAUCGUGCGGAAGCGGCCGGAAGACAAUCUGAUCGACGCGAGGAACGUAGACAGCCCGUACGUGAUAUUCGGCAUCUACCCGGACGGCCGAUUAGUACGGAAGUUCCCGAACGGGACAAUAAUACCGGAUUCGCCCAGGAGCCCGGUCGAGGUUGUGUUCACACUUAGCACUACCACUACUACUAACCGACCAGCACCUAGGCCGUAUUAUAACCAGGCUAACAACCAAGCGGUCAUUUAUAAUCAGUACCAAGCCCCGGUGUAUAAUAACCGUAGACCCGUGGACGAGCUGGCAGGAGGCGUCCCAAGCCCUGGCCCCGUUGAUUUUGGACUUAUUGGUAAUGCGAUCGGCGUUCCCCCUGGAGAUGGCUCCAAUUACGCGGGACCACUCGGUGGUCCCUCUGGUAGCGUCCCGAGCACAAACGCAAUGGCGCAAAAUUUAAAUAACGUUCAAAGUCCAAAUGGCUCUCCUGUCUUCCAAGAUCGCGACAGGAGCGAGGCCUCCCGAACUAGAAUAACAUCCGAUCAGCACAGCUCCGUCUACAUCGGACAGGAUAAAUUUAUUAAUUAUCAAAUCGGCGGCGCGCCUAAUCCAAAAGUUGUUGACGUAAAGAUAAAUUCAGUAGCUACUUCUGUGAACAAAGGCACGGCAUCAUCUACGGCGUCGAUUCCGUCUUUCGAAAAUUUAUUAGGCAAUCAGCCGGGUGGUGUAAUAACAGCACCACCCGGUUUUCCCUGGAGAGAUCCCCUCGAUCAGAUAUUCGGUAUUACCACUAGUUCGCCCGUGCAAACCGCAUCAGUAGCAUCGAAUCAGUUGGACGAAUCGGUCGAAAAUACUGUAUCAAUCAUGCCGAGUCCUGUGAGUCCCUUAGUGGAGAUCUUCACACCUGUUGCAAGUGGCGUGACUCGAACCAAUCUCGGAGCGCCAACUACGUCAAGCAAUUUACCAACAACGCUUCCGAAUACAACAACUUCAACUACUCCCGCAAGUACGACUUCAACUACUCCUGCGACCACAACUUCAACUACUCCUGCGACCACAACUUCAACUACUCCUGCGACCACAACUUCAACUACUCCUAGCACCACCACUUCCACUACUACCACUACACCGGUACCGACUACUGCAGCAACGACCACCGCCGCUACUACAACUACUACCACUACUACGACGACAACCACAACAACUACUACCACUACUUCAACAACAACCACUCCAGCACCGACUACAGCGAGUCAGACAACAACAAGCAGUACUGCACCUACCAUUCCUCGGACUGCGACAACAGCUUCUUCCCUAAUCACUAACGCUAUACCGAGUAGUAGUAGUACAAAAGCCGGUUAUGGAACAGUUCCACCACCGUCAGUGACAUUAUCCGCCAAUGACAUCGUAAACACGAAAACAAAAGAGAACACUUUUGGAUCGUCGUUCGAAGAUUUGAUCCUACUAAAUUCUUUGAAUGACAAUACUAAGAAGUCCACACCAAAAACGUUAACUGAUAUAGAACAAAUGUUAGCAAAUAGGAUUUUAUCGCUUGCGCUGGCUAAAUCUGAACCUGGACUAGUGCGAGAACCGAAGGCAAUUCAAACCGCGAAUGCGAACGCAAAUCUCAAUGUAAUUGAAGAACUGCCGCUACGCGGGCCAUCUUCCGAACCGAUAAUAAUCGAUUUAUUACCGUAUUCUUCCACGUCACCGCGAAAUUUGCAAUUAAGCAGCAGCAGCAGCAGCAGCACAUCAACCACGAAGAGAUACACUGAAGCAAGUACGAUCGCGUCGACGCAAUUCGAUAUCGUACCUAUUUCUUCGACCAAGGCACCAGUCGUUAUCACUGCCAAGCCUAAGACGACAGCAAGACCCAAAACUACUACUGCCCGACCCAGAUUCGGCAUGAAUCUGUGGCGAGCGUUGUUCGGUGGCGGCAACUUGUUCGACGCGUCCACGAACACGAAACAGCAGAAACCAGCGAAUAAAGCGGUGACUUCUACUCAAAAACCGAUUACUCAGAAACCGAUACCAUCGACCACGCACACAAGUCACAUAAUGUCCGCGGCUCCGGUUAAAUCGCACACAACGCCAAGAAGCGUGGACAUCUCGGAUAUUCACGUGGCCUCGACCAAUUCGUUCGUAGACAACGUGGCUGCCGCAUCGGUUUCCACGCCGACCACGAUUUUAACCACAGAGACGCUCCUAAAUAAUCCAAAUCCUAGACUCACCAAUGUUCCUACGUCGACUUUCUCACCCGAGGAUGACGCGAAGUUCUUGAUCGCGCUUCUGCGAGCCGUGCAAACAGAAUCGAAACCGAGUACUUCAUCAACGGCAACAACCGAGGACGACGAAGCCUUUUUGAGAGCAAUUUUAAAUAAUCAGGUCAAGAUUACCACCACAACCAUGGCACCGGGGUCAACUGAAGUAAAUCCUGCUGCUCUGUUGGCGCAACUUCUAAAGCAGCAGGGCAUAGAACCCUUGACACCAGCGAUAAAUCUUAGAGAACAAUUGGAGUUAGCUAGUCAAGGCUUGACCACUCAAUCAGUUUCGACCACUGCUCAAUCAACGACCACCAAUCGUCCAGUCCUAAGUUCGAGCACUCCAUCGAGCACUACAACGAGAAAAGCAACAGCAAGACCAACUUCCAGAAGAACUACACAAAGACUACAAACGACGACAUGGUCUCCUAGUUCAACGUAUCCACCUCCUCUCUUCAGCGGAGACUCAGCUAGUGGUAUAGUCACGGCUACCAGAGCCUUCAGCCAAUUUCUUGGCGCUGCCAUUUCGGGUGCGGCUCAACAGUUAUCAUCCUUGCUGAGAAAUGGUACCAGAAACGGUUAAAUAAAUUAAAAUAAAAGUGGACAGCACAUCAAGUCUUUGCCCAACAUGAGAAUAAAUGUCAGGAUUAAAAUGGCAGUUGUCGAUUAACUGUCAUUAUUAAAAGCUCAGUAAUGGCAACAUAUAAAACUGACAAAAAGUUAAGAAAAUUUACAUUAUAACACAAAGUGAACACGUUGCUCAAUUACUCUAAAAUGUACUCUGUACUAAUAUUCGUGAUAACAAACUUUGAAAGUAUAUCGUUCCCUUUUGUUAAUGAAAGAAAAAAGAUUUUUCCCGAAAUGGAUUAAUAUUAAAAAUUUAUAUUGAUAUUAAUGUUAAAUAUUUUUUUCGGAUUUUAUAGUCGUGAUGUGAAUGACACUUUCUUUUAGUCUUUAUAUAAUAACUUUUAAAUCACUCGAUUGCUGUGUACAUAGAGACAAAGUUAGGAUAUGCUCGAUUUUCUGAUCGAACAUUUCCUACUGAUUUCUUGCUCUAAGAAACAGUAAUAAUCUAUUUAAUUCGUCGUUGUUGUAAUUACAUUUAACGACGGUUUCGAGUGUAUAAUUGUCUUAUAACGCUUUGCAAACGUUUCCAGAGUAGGUCUAGUGUCGACUUUCUCCGGACACAUACUUAUGGAGAUGUUUGUAACGGUUGGUCGUAAUUAAGGUAACACGUACGUUAGCGCGACGUUCUUCACGUUGUUGAUUCUGCUAUCGAUGCGUCUCGUUUUCAUGGUUUUUUUCUUAACUAUAAAAAAUUAAAUCAAUUUUAUAUAUUCUAAAAUUUUGGCAUUAAAUAAAUAAAGGAUCUAUCAUGAAAACGUUUCUGUGUAAAACAAAAAAAACAGCUCCGAAACGAAUCGUUGCAGACGUAGCGAGAAACGGAAUAUACGUGUUAGAUCACACAUGUGUAAACCUACAAACAAAGUUAUCAGGGAAAUAUAUUUCGACAAGAGCUGGCGCACCGAGAAACUCAAGUAAAAACAAAAGAAGUAAGUCUGAAGUAAAGAGAGAGAGAAAGAGAGAGAGAAAAAGUUGCGAGGUGUUGCAUAGCGCGUGGCGCGAUUUACAAAAUACAAAUUUUUCCUGCCAUAUGUGGAAGUUUCUUUGAGCAUGUGUGUCUGUGUUGCGCUGAUAGACAGUACAGUAUUAAAGCAUCAUGUUUUGAUAAGAGGUUGCUCUAAUCUAUAAUUCCGAAAGAAACAAUGAAUGAUGCAUCCGAGAACGAUUACACGUUGCACUUUUUAGCUGGAAGAAGUUAUCGGGAAUGUAUGUUCGAUAAGAAGUGAGAGCGCGGAUUGAAGUAUACGUAAGUUGAGAAUUCAGGAUAUCAGGAGAACAGUCAAAACAGCGUGUAAAGCGUGACCUCCGAGAGAUUACAAGUGCGCAAAUUUUAAAAUGUUAAUUGUUACUACACACAUAUACGUAAAAAAAAUUUAGUUUUUACAUACGCGGGUUGAGAGUAUUCUUGCAUUACGUUCUAAUUAGGUUCGUGCGAACAAUUGUAAUAAUGUUGCUUGUAUUCAGGUCGCAUGGAUUUCGUAAUAGAAAUGCUCAGAAUAAUAAUAAUAAUAAUAAUAAUAAUAAUAAAAAAAUGACUUAGCGGUAAGAUAUAUGUAAUCGCGCGCGUGCGCGCGCGAAUGUGUUGGUAUUGUAAUAAAGAUGGUUGUGAGAAACGAAGAUAUUACAUGUAUAUAUAUAUACACCUAUGUUACAUCUAUCAUAUAAUUUAUCAAUACUCGGGACUUGAAUCUCUGUUUAAUCAGCUGCUUGUAAAUAAAAUGUUGUACAUCAUGUGCGAUGAUAAUUUGACUCGUAAUUUAUUUGCUUAUGUUUGCUAUGUGUACCGAGAGAGAGAGAGAGAAAAUUCGUAAGUAAGACAACAGGUAAUAUCGAUUAUCUUUCUUUUCACAUAAUAUUGUUUUUGUUUAUAUGCUUGGAUUAUUGGUAUUGCAUAACCAUAAUAAGUCUGUACAUAUGUAUAAUCGAUUAUUACACACUAUUUUAUAUAUAUAUACAGGGUGUCCCAGAA